AUGUCAGCAACCAUCCGGUCGUCCAUCGUUGAUCUCGACAAGCUAAUCCCCAGACCCGAGGAUAUCGAUCGCGAAGAUAAGGAUGUAGAACAAUUAACUCCCUGGAUUUUCCGACAAACCGAUAUCGCAAAAGGAAACUGUACGCGUGAUUGGCCGCAACAAGAUGAUUCAUUUCGCAGACUCUUUGACCUGCUUGAUUCCCAAUACGUCCACAUAGAUUACCUUGAUGCCAGAAACGCAGGCAUUGCAAGUGCCUUGAAGACAAAUGAGACAAUUACUUUACCUAGAAAAAACUGGAGAGUAUCUGACAGAGAAUAUCAUCAAACAUUUCUUCUGGCGCAGGCUAUGAUGCUGAAUGAGCUGAUGAAGGAUGUUUAUCGCAAUCUUGAUGGUAUCGAAGAUCAAGGGCUCGAGGUCAACUUUACUGCCUCGAAUUUUAAGAUGCUAUAUGUGAUCGGCCGUAAACAAUAUGCUACUAAGCCUGAGGGUGCGGUUACUGUUGGACCGAAAGAUGAGAACUUGCCAAUUAUCUCGUAUACCGGGUGGUAUGCGAGACAAACCUGGAACGAGUUCCUAGGAGAGACCCUCAGCGUAAUGCUGGGGCAACUUGCUCAAAACAUGACCGUUCGAACAGGCAAACCAGGUGUUCAAGACCAAGAGGUCUUCGUGGUGGGAUUUCACGGGCCGCAUGUUCAUAUUGCUCGGGCAUUCUUCGCUGCUGAUUUAGUUGCGAGAGUACACCCAAGAGGAUGUUCCAAUGACGAAGACCUUGAGCUGAAAUUCACGCGGGACUAUGACCUCUCUCUGAAGAAAGAUUGGCUCGAAGCUACACGUGCCUUGGCGAGGCUGUUUCGAUAUCUUCUCAGUGGACGUGCAAAAGUUGCUUCGGUACAGGGCUACUUGAACGGUUCAGCUAAUACAGCAGGGGAAAGUAUGUAG